UAGAGGGAAAGAGAUACAGGAGAUAAAGAGUGAGAGUGGCACACAGAGAAUCAUUUUCUAUUCAAUGAAAGCCACCAAAUCAGGGAGCAGUGUUGAUCUCAUUGGAGGAGGAGAGCAUUGAACAGCAACUAAUCCUGUCAUAUUGAAAGACAAUUGCAAAUGCUUCACAGACAGCCUGCCCAUUGCAGCUAAUCGGACUCACAUCAUUGACACCCAUACAGCACAAGAGAAUGGACUGAAGGACACUGUGCCCAGGAUUACCCAGAGGAGCCCUCACUUCAACUGGAGAGGUGACAACUUCUCCCCUCUCCCCAGCAUUCUAACGCAGAUGGAUACAUUAUUGCUCAAUCCAUCCUCUCCUCACCCAGACAUUCCACUCUGAAUUUUUACACAAACAACCAGUUCACAUAUAGUGCAUUUUUUUGAGUCCCACUAACUUGGCAGAACCCUGAAAGAGGCGUGUCUGAUAGCAGGGAUGUGUGUCAGAGUGGAUCAUCUAUCAGCCAGGACAAUGCCAGCCCUUGUUUGACGCCUUUGAACAGAGUCUUGACUUGCCAGUGCAACAGCAAAUUCUUAUUUACCCCUGCUGUGGGAGACAUGGGACAGAUAAUGCCCUGCUUUGCUGUAUGACUGGGUUUUCCAACACAUCCUGCCUGUGUGGGAAUCCAACACUACUACCACUGUCAUUCAGAUUUUAAUGAUAUCAAGAAAGUAGUCAACUAGCUGUCAACCGCAGACAUGAAUAACUCAAGCCUAACCAACAUUUCGUCAGCAAAUAAGACGAUGAUGGGGAGUCCAUAUAAAACAGUGGAAGUGGUCUUCAUUGUCAUUGUGGCUGGAUCUCUCAGCCUGGUGACCAUCAUCGGAAACAUUCUAGUAAUGGUCUCCAUCAAGGUUAAUAGACACCUACAGACAGUCAACAAUUAUUUUCUAUUCAGCUUGGCUUGUGCUGAUCUGAUUAUCGGAGUCUUCUCCAUGAACUUAUACACUCUGUACACUGUAAUUGGUUACUGGCCAAUAGGUCCAGUGGUUUGCGAUCUGUGGCUAGCUCUGGAUUACGUUGUUAGCAAUGCCUCAGUCAUGAAUCUCCUAAUAAUAAGCUUUGAUAGAUACUUCUGCGUCACUAAACCACUGACCUACCCAGUGAGGCGAACCACUAAAAUGGCUGGCAUGAUGAUUGCUGCUGCCUGGGUGCUGUCUUUCAUCCUUUGGGCUCCUGCUAUCCUCUUUUGGCAAUUCAUUGUUGGCGGAAGAACUGUUCCAGAUGGUGAAUGCUAUAUCCAGUUUUUCUCAAAUGCAGCAGUCACUUUUGGUACAGCAAUUGCAGCUUUCUACCUACCAGUGAUUAUAAUGACGGUCUUGUACUGGCAGAUAUCUCGGGCCAGCAAAAGUAGGAUAAAAAAAGGCAAAAAAGAACCAGCACCAAACCAAGAUCCCAUUUCACCAAGCAACGUCCAAGGAAAAAUAGUGAAACCCAACAAUAACAAUCUGUCGGCUGUUGAAGAUGGUCUAGAGCACAGCAAAAUUCAAAAUGGAAAGCCUUCAACUAAUUCUGUGAUAGAAAGCUGCAUUCCAACAGAAGCAGAAGAAAAGGAAAUCUCAAAUGACUCCACAUCUGUGAGUGUUGUCACAAAAGAUGAUGGAGCAUCUAAAGAAGGUCCACAGGCAUCUGGAUCUCAAUCUCAGGCAAAAACGGAAAGUUCUAAGCUUACUUGCAUCCGAAUAGUUACAAAAUCUCCAAAAGGUGACUGUGGGAGCAAUAGUGGAACUACAGUAGAGAUUGUCCCAGGCGCCAAUGGUCGAAAUGGUGAAGAUAAACAAACCAAGGUGGCCAAAAAGAUUGUAAAGAUGACCAAACAGCCAGCUAAAAAGAAACUCCCCCCUUCUAGAGAAAAGAAGGUUACAAGGACUAUUUUGGCCAUACUGUUAGCAUUCAUUAUUACCUGGACACCAUACAAUGUCAUGGUUUUAAUCAAUACUUUCUGCGAUGUGUGCGUGCCCAAUACAGUAUGGACAAUAGGAUACUGGCUCUGCUAUAUUAACAGUACCAUCAACCCAGCCUGCUAUGCCCUGUGCAAUACAACUUUUAAGAAAACCUUUAAACACCUUCUAAUGUGCCAAUACAAAAACAUAGGCUCGGCACGGUAAAAACAAAUUGGGAAAAAAAAAUCUAUCUAUAUAAAAAAGCGGUAAGAGGAAAGAAAGAUGCCAUUUAAAUAUUAUGCCAUAGCACUUUACAUUCGAUUAUAGAAUGUGCAAUCUAGGGACGUUUGUUCUGACACAGACCAGUUCCAUCUGAAAAAAAAAAUAUAUAUAUAUAAAAUAACAAGAUCCGCACUUAGAACUAUAGAACAUAAAAAUGAGGGACCGCAAUAAACUAUUGGACUUACUACGAAAAAUGGACAUCCCUCAGUCAUAUUGCUCUUCGAUAUGAAAACUCCAAAGGGCUGUUGGGUAUCCACAUUUCCCCCACCCUCCAUGUCUGUAUUACUAAUAUACGCAUUUGUAUGUGUCUUAUUGUCUACUGGAGUUAAAUUAUAAGACGGAAAACUCCAUAGGCAGUAAGGAGUAUGUGUAAAGGAUUGAAAAAAAGGAAUUCCAAAUUUAUAUUGCUUUGUUUUCAGUGGUUAAAAAAAUCAACGUGUGACAUUUGCAACAUUUUCACAGGAGACAUUCAAAUGCUGGCCAAUCCCAAGUGACGCAGAAUUUUCACAUUUUAACUGUUAAACUGGUUUUCUGUGCCUCUGUGUUUCUAGUGACUGUCUUUGAAAAUAUAUCUCAAGUUCAAGCCCUUGUAAAGCAGGGUUACACUAGCGCUUCCUGAAAAAAAAAUGAAAAAAAUAAAUAAAAAAAAAGCCAAGCAAUUAAAACAUAUUUUUUUUUCUUAAUAUAUGGAAUAUCUUUUAUGCAGUAGGUUUUUUUCCUGAAUAACCACGAUAUAAAUAUCUACUCCCAAGUAAUGCACACAAUCUGAAAAAAACGAAAGAUGUUCUGCUGCUUGAAAUGUAUUCCAUUCACUUUUAAUGAUGCUGAUGGAAUGUUAACUAAGGAAAAUAAAAACACAGAAUUUCUACAGUGUUGGUGCAGUGUUUGCCUUCCAGGUUGUUGUUUUUUUACGGAAUGCAACUCCCAUUAUCCCCAGUCAACUGGCGUGGAUAAGGAUAAUGGGAUUUGUUUCCAAAGAACUCUGGAAGACUGCCAAUUUAACACCUUGGAAUAAAUACUGACUUUUAUUGAAACAAAAUGGCACUUUAAAUGACUACAAGGAGAUUAAAGGAAAAUAUAUAGAAAGUAUUGUGUCACAAAAAAAAAAUGUUUUAUAUCAUUACAUAUAACAAGAGGAGUUUAUGACAUGAUGGAAAUAAUGUAUAUCUAUGUAUAUUCUGAAUUACUGGAUGGUUAGUUAUGUGGCAUAACGUAUGCAAUAUCUACUCUUUUAUUUCUAAUGCCACUAUUGCAACAAUGCUACUUUAAUAUAUCCAUGUAUUUAGCCUGUUUCUUUCAUUGGGAAAUCAUCCAUGCAAAAUAAUAGAAAAACCCAUUUACACGAAGAACUAAGGCAAGGCUGAGCAAUGGCCCUACAGUUGCAUUUUUGAGGGUUUAAGUCAAAUUAUCCUUGUCAAGCUAAGCUGUGGCUGAGAGUGAUGGGGAUUGUAAUCUACAACAGAUGAAGAGUCACAGGGACCCUGCCCUAUAUUCUUAGUAAUGAUGUUUGUGUAUUUUCAGAUUGAUACAUCAUACUGGGACUUAACAAGAAGCUACCUUGCCUACAUGAUUUAAUUGAACUGUUUUAUUUAUCGAAUGUAUGAAUUCACUAGUGUAUGGGCAAAUAACCAAUUCACAUUUUUUUUUCUUUUUUGUAUAUCUUCAUUUGUGCUCCGAUUCUGUGUGGUGCUUACAGUUUCCUGAGCAGUUACAGUUCUACGGCAUAAUUAGAAUGAUCAAACUUAGAACACAAGUCUCUGGCUAGUAUCACUCAGAUAAAUAUUUAUUUUGCCUUCUAGUGAAAGAGCUUUGUUCUUUGCUCAGAUUGCCAAGCUGAGAAGGCAGAGAGGUAUGUCAAAUCCUUGUUGUUUACUAGCAUUGGGUUAGAUGUUGCCAAGCGACAUCACAGAAGCCAAAGGAGAAACAAUGUAAUACUGAGACAAACAGCAGAAUUUAAAUUCUUGAGAAUCCAUUCAUUAAGCACUAAGGGUACCCACUAAACAGUGAGUUGGCACACAUGACUUGCGUAGAUUAAAAUUUAGUUUUUCUCCAGUUUGAUGUUGAGUGUCAAAUCGCAAAAGAAUUCACACACAUAGAUGUUCACUAAACAACGAAAUUUGUGGAGCAUUGUACAUUUUAUUCUACAUUCACAUGUGAGUACAAAUUCUCAAACUCAGCUAUAUUUCCAACAGCUCUUUUGGACCUUUUUUUCUUUUUAAUUUAUAGGUGCAUUUUUGUUUGCUUAUUUAACACAAAAGCACAGAUAACAGGGACAUUCUAGGCACCAUACCUACUUCAAUAGAUUGAAGUGGUUAUGGUGAAUGGACUCCUUGGGCACAUUACCACUUCAUGAAAUUGAUGUGCUUUUGGUGACUGGAGUUUCUUGUCUGCAGCCUUUACAAGUCCACCCCUUGUAAUCCCACCCAGACUUUCUGUUGUUUUUUUCCAAUCACAGACUUCCAAUGCAGCACAGAGAAGUCUUUGCAAAAGAAUUAUGCGUUGGUGGGGGCAGUAUACUGUAGUGGUUAAUGUGCUUGGCGUGUUCCUUUAUUGUGUGAAAGGCUAAUAUACAAUACAGUACUUUGAAAGACAGACACCCGUCACCCUCCUGCAAUACUCCAGGUCAAUGCCUUACGAAUUAUUCAAGAUUGGCUGUGGUGAUUACUGCCUUGGCUUUUUUGAAGACUUUUUUUCCAUCUCAGCAGUUGUGCAUGUCAUCACGCAGGGUUUUACUGUUUACUGAAUAAACCUCCACAAAUGUUAAAUAGUCUCAAUAACAUUUUAAGCAAUUAAUUGGCUCCUCCGGCUUUAUUGGGCUCAUGGACAGCAAACAUGGUAAGUUGGAGGUAGACCAUGCAAAAGUGUCAGAUGAUAGGAGUUGUGAAAUCUUGAGGCAUAUCUUCUAUCUGUAUAU